AAUAGAAACUUUAGAAAGUUAUAGAAACGACACGAACCGAAGGAAAGAUUUUGUUCCGAGAGAGAGAGAGAGACAGAGAACCCUGAUCGCGUGUUUAUGGCGACUGAGUCUGUGGGGGCAAAAGGUCCCUCUUCUUCUUCUUCUUCUUCCAAUGGCGGGGCAUCAUACAUAGGGAGCUUCAUAAGCCUGAUCUCCAAGUCCGAGAUUCGCUACGAGGGCGUCCUCUACCACCUCAAUGUCCACGAUUCCACCAUUGGCCUCAACAACGUUAGGUCUUACGGAACGGAGGGGCGGAAGAAAGAUGGCGCACAAAUUCCACCAAGUGAUAAGGUGUUUGAGUACAUUCUUUUCCGAGGAAGUGACAUUAAAGACUUGCAAGUCCAGUCCUCCCCACCCGCCCAAACAGAAGAGCAGAUUCACGGUGAUCCUGCUAUCAUACAGUCACGCUAUUCUGGGAUUGAUUCAAGUUCUUCAUCAAUCUCUUCAACUGGGGUUAAAACUUCAACAGAGUCAACUCAAUGGAAAGAUACCCCUGCUUUGACGAGUAGAGUCUGUCCUGGUGCACCUUCUUCAUAUCAAUCUGUAACCCAGGUGGGCCCAUUGGAUCAUUUACCUACUUCAGACAUUGCUGGUUCCCCAUCUUCUUCAAUGCAGAUGUAUUGGCAAGGCCACAGUGGAACACCAGUCAGUAUUUCCAAUGCUCCCCAUCAACCUAUAUCUUUUCAGCCACCAUCUACUGGAUCAUUUCCAUCGACAAUGCAGAGUUUAUUGCAGGCUCCUCAAAUUCAGGCAUCUACAAACCUGAGCCUGCUGAAUACAUCAGAAUUUGGUGGCCCUGUAUCUUCAUCUAUUUCUUCUGCUUCUGUACAUCCACACUUGUCACCCCCUCUUUGUCCAAUACAAUGUUCUGCUUCUCUUGAUAUCCCAUCCUCUUUUUUCAUAAAAUCAUCUUUACCACAUUCUGCAUCCAUGACUGCUCAUAGAUCAACUCCAUCUUCUUUUGCUUCAUCUUGCAUAGAUAUAAACACCAGUAAAGCUCAAAUUGGUGGUAAAGCUAUUUCUGACCCAAGAUCAGUUCUUCCUAUCUCAUCUAUGCCUUGUCCUCCAUCUUCAUUGGUGGAUUCUUCAGGGCCCUUGCUAACACCACGUCCAUCAUUGUUAAUUUCGGAUCAGUUAACAGAGUCUAGACCAUAUGCGCUUUCUUCCAUGCAGAAACUGUACCCUGAUAAGAGUGGUUUCAGUGCUCAAACACUGACACCAUCUAAUUCCCUGCCAUUAAUUUCUACUUCAGUAUCUCAAGCACCUCUUUUGCCAUUGCCGACAUCUGCACAACAGUCUAAGCACUCAGCUGCACAAUUCACUGAAGAGUUUGAUUUUAUUGCCAUGAACGAGAAGUUUAACAAGGAUGAAGUAUGGGGUUAUCUUGGAAAGGCAAAUGAUAAAACAGUGGUAGUACAAGGUUAUGCGGCCGAUCAAAGCUUGGCGCACAGAGAGAGUCUUGGCCUGGUGCCUAAUCUUAAGCCUGCGUAUAAUAAGGACGAGUUCUUUGACUCAAUUUCAUGUAAUUCACUCAACCGGGGAGCUAGGAAUGCACAUAACAGGUUCUCUGAACGAACCAAGCUGAAUACUGAGACAUUUGGCAAUUUCCAGCAGAGGCCUAAUGUUGGUUAUGGUGGCUUUGCUGCCGGACGUGGCGAGAAUUAUCACGCAUCAUAUAAUUGGGGAAGGGGAUAUGGCUAUGGUGGAAGGGGUGGUGGGUGGAACAUGCCCUCCUAAUUCUAUCUGAAGCUCAAUAUUAUUCACAGCUUUAUGAUAAUGGAGCCUAGGAUAAAUGACGGGAACGUUGUUGGGGUUUCAUCUUGUAACGGUUUGUCAGGAUUACUCUUUACGGCGGUUCAUGUUUUUUCUGCCCAUGAGCCAGCCUUUUUCAGCUUUAUCUUUCUAGGCAAUGUGAUCAAAAAACAAAUUCGUGGCAUGCUGCCAUAUGGAUAGACUGAUGAAAUCUCUUUUGCUCUGUUAUUCUCUGUUGUUUCCUCCAUUAAUGUAACACAUAUUUUAGUGGUUUUUGCAUUCAUGAAUAGAAAGGAAAAUCAUCAUAGUAUUGCUCA